AUGGCCAGACUCUCGAGACUCUUUCGGAGCCGAUCAAAAGCUGCAAUACAGGCAAAGCGCGACAAGUUCGUAGAUGACCUGCAUGAUGUCUAUAACGAACUCCUAUUUACAACUGAUCCCUAUAUCGAUCCAAAGUCGUAUGAGACCUUCAAGAUUACCUGUCAUCAUCUGUACCUCUACCACGGUCGUGAGUCUCGUGAGCAGGCAAAUUUCGAAAGAUACUUUUCUCCCAUGUCCGUCAACCAGCUUCAGUCUUAUCCCAUCGAUAAGGACGACGAAAACACGGUGGAAUACUUGGAACUUGAGCAGACGCUUUGGAAGAAGCACAAAAUUCUCGGGGACAAACCCAUGGAUGCCGCUCUGGAAAUGUGCCACAUAGGAGCGUACAGAUUGGAUACCAAGCCCCAUGUGAUGUUCUCUUUGGUGCAUGAGUAUGCUAGCGAUGACAACAAACUCUUGCGUGGAGAGGUGCUUGCUAUCCUAGCAACAAUGCUUACAAGGCUCACCAGCAAUGAAUAUCAGGACCAUAACGUCAUUCCGGUCCUAGUUCUGUCGUUCAUGGGAGAUAAACAGGCCCGGCUGCUCCAGGCAUACUUUGGCGACCAAGGCCUCGUUAUCUACAAAAGCCGUCUCCUCUCUUUCCAGGUUCUGGAGGAUGCUGAGAAGUCAAUCGAGUUUCUUCUGCAAUUCAUGGCGGGUAAACUGGUGGGAAGCACGGCAGUCACCGGCUCUUUCUUUUGA